UCCUGUAUAUAUUACUCCCGUGAUCAUUUCCCACGUACGAGACGUGCACAACAUGCUUCAUUAGCGUUUUGUGUAUUCAUGAGUUUUGGGAUUCUUGUCCAAUUUCCAACAUUAUUUUCACGAACACAAUUCCGGUAGGACCCACGUCAGAAGCAAGAUGAUGAUCGACAUCAACGUUAAGGAAUCAACUUUGGUGAGGCCGGCGGAGGAGACGCCACGUCGGCGGCUUUGGAACUCGAGCCUUGAUCUGGUGGUCCCCAGCGUCCACACCCCCAGCGUCUACUUCUACCGCCCCACCGGCGCCGCCAACUUCUUCGACGUCGCCGUCGUCAAGGCCGCCCUCAGUCGCGCCCUCGUCCCAUUCUACCCGAUGGCCGGCCGGCUCCGCCGCGACGACGACGGCCGUAUCGAGAUCGACUGCAACGCCAAGGGAGUCCUCUUCGUCGUGGCUGAGACAACCUCUCUUAUUGAUGAUUUCGGCGAAUUCGCCCCCACGCCGGAGCUCCGCCGCCUCAUUCCCUCCGUCGACUACUCCGCCGGCAUCUCUUCCUAUUCUCUAUUGAUCUUACAGCUUACUUACUUCAAAUGCGGUGGAGUGUCACUUGGUGUUGGCGUGCAACACCAUUCCGCGGACGGUUUCUCCGGUCUCCAUUUUGUCAACACAUGGUCCGACAUGGCUCGAGGUCUUGACCUUACAAUUCCACCAUUCAUAGACAGGACAUUGCUCCGUGCCCGUGAUCCGCCUCGCCCCGCUUUCGAGCACGUAGAAUACAAGCCUGCCCCAGCCAUGAAAACCGCUCAGCCAACCAAAGACUCUCAAUCUAGUCCUGAGACCGCGGUUGGUAUGUUCAAAAUGACAAGGGAACAACUCAACACCUUGAAAACCAAAUCCAAGGAAAACGGCAACACAAUCAACUAUAGCUCCUAUGCGAUGUUGUCGGGCCACGUUUGGAGAUGCGCGUGCAAGGCACGCGAGCUCCCCGAAGACCAAGAGACCAAGUUGUACAUUGCCACUGACGGAAGGUCUAGGCUGCAACCCCCACUCCCACCCGGCUACUUUGGCAAUGUGAUUUUCACGGCCACGCCGAUGGCUAUGGCGGGCGACAUCCAAUCAAAACCGACGUGGUAUGCCGCGAGUCGUAUCCACGACACGCUGGCGCGAAUGGACAACGAUUAUCUAAGAUCAGCCCUUGAUUACCUAGAACUUCAGCCUAGUCUAUCGGCCCUCGUCCGCGGGGCCCACACAUUUAGGUGCCCUAAUCUCGGGAUUACUAGUUGGGUUAGGCUGCCAAUUCAUGAUGCUGAUUUCGGUUGGGGCAGGCCAAUUUUCAUGGGACCGGGUGGGAUUAUGUUUGAGGGGCUAGCAUUCAUGUUACCAAGCCCGGCCAACGAUGGGAGUUUGUCAGUGGCAAUUGGUCUUCAACCUCAACACAUGAAGGCUUUUGAGAAGUUGUUGUAUGACAUAUGAUGGAAAGAGAUGCGUAUGAUGUGCCUGAGAAUCUUAAUUAGUCCCUCGUGAUGAAUCACACCAGAUGGUUAAUGUUUUCAGGUUUGGCAUAAAUUUUUAAUGUGAUUUUCUUCUUUCCUUGGUGUUUUUAUUUUGUUUUUUUCUCAGUGAGACUCCUGCCUUAUGAUAAUUGGCCCCCCCAAAAAUCAAGCGCGUCGAAUUAAUGUUGUAUAUUAUAUCGGGACUUCUAAGUGAUGAUAAAGACUAAUUUGAAUUUA